UUUAUCCUUUCACUAUUAUCUAAUGUUGAUUUUGCCAGUUUUUCCUUUUGAACUGUUUUGUUUCCCAGGGCUUCUGGGAAAUAAUUGCACAAAUGAAGGGCUGUAUUAGAAUGUUCUGGGAUAUAAUAAUGUAACAUCUGCUCAGUUGGCUGUAUAUGUAAUUGUGAAUUUUGUUCCUGAUGUAGUGUAUUCUUGUACAAAUAAGAAAUGUAUGUUUUUGAACUUUAUGGUAUAAAGUAUUGUUUCCUCCCACUAACAGAAUAUAAAAGUGGUUGUAAGUAGAGAAAACAAAAGUGGCCACAAAAGUUGAAUCCUUAUGAAAUAAGUGUGCUAAUCAAUUUUGAAGAUUCACAAUUCUUCACACUUAGAGUAUUUUUUUUUCCUCAGAAGUAGAUAGUGGAACAAAUAAAUACUGGUAAGGACCUUCAUACCAGAUGUGUAAUUUGCAAAGCUCAUUUCAUCCUAUGGAAAUAGAAGUAGGAGAUGACUACAAAGCUCCCAUUAGGAACCUCUGAGAUGCUGUAUAAUUUCAGAAAUAUGUUGUAGAAUACACAGGAUGGUCAUAUCUUGUUUGUAAGCUCACUGUGGGCUGGUUUGUUUCAGGUUGGUUUGUAAACUGCCAUAGGGUUAAUUUAAGCGGGGUAAUUUUUUCUAGCAGAUAAUGCGUGGAAUUCCAGUUAGACUCAGGUGGUGUUCUUUAAGACCACCAGUGAUAAUGUUCUUUAAGCAUUGCCAGUGAUAAUGUGAAUAGAGAGCAUGCAGGAGAUCAAAGAGAUCCUGGCUGGAGAGUUUACCCAUCAUCUUAGAUAAGAACUGCAGUUCUUCAGUGAGUCCUGACUGAAAAUAAAUGCUGAGUGAAUUAGCUAAAAUGGAAAAGGCAGUUAUGGGUCAGCUCUCAGGUUUGUAUUUUAUGCGCCAAAUAGUUUUGGGACUCUUGCUUUUUUAGAUGGUGAGUUUUGUUCACUGAGCCAUUUGGUCUGUUGGUUUUUGCAAUUUUUUGUCCCAAAACAUAAAUUGAGUGCAGUCUAACUUUCUGCAAAACCUGUUGCCUGAAGGGGAAAAAAAGAUUAAGAAAGAGGAAGCCCAAAAGCCAAAGCACACUACUAGACAGAAAGGCACUUUAAUUCAUUUAAGAUAGUGUUAAGUAUGUAGGUAUGUUGUUUUCUUCUGCCACACAAUUGCUGCAUGAAUGUGGUAAAUAUAUGUUUCUUGGAUGUAGUUUAUUCCUUUGCGUUUAAUGUGUUAUUGAUUAAACUGGCCGGUAUAUCUACACUCAAUGCUUAUAGCAUCUUCAAAGCACAGAGGUAAAAUCCUGCAUGAUUCCAGUGUUCUGCUUUCUGUAAGUACUGAGUUUCUUCUUGCCUCCAACUAAUAGCAGUGACACUUGAAAAAAAGAAAGAGAGGCAGCUCUUCUGAUAUUUUUGGAUGGCAAUUUGAAAAGCAUUUUGGAAUAUCUGUUUAACCCAUUGUGUUAGGUUUCAGAUGCCCAGAAUCUAGAGCACUUCAGUUGUAAACUCCAAUGCAUUCUGUUUCUGCAGCUGUUCUUGCAUAGAAAUGAACACUCUCAAAUCCCAAAUAUGCUGAAUUUCAAAUAAUUCUUUUCUAAAGCACAGACUGCUUUCUGCCAAGAUUGAGGUAGACCUUUGUGAGCUGAUUUCUAUAUUUAUAGAAGCCUAAUCAAAGUUUUCUCUUGCAGAAAACAAUGGUCAGCUUCUGAGCAUGUGAUCUCAUGGUGCUGAUGUAAAACCCUUUCAGUUACUGUAUCCUUCCUUUCUUCCUCCCUUUCUUCCCCAUAUCUUUGCUGACCUUCUCCCAUAGUUGUUGCUAUGAGCAAGUGCUGAGCUGCGCUGUUGUAUAAUCCAGUCCUGCCUCAGCCCAGGGAAUGACUCGGGCUGAGAUCUCUAAGAACAGCAGUUCCUGUGACAGAGGCUGAACUGCACAUACCUGGUGCUGAUCCCUUGCAGAUUUGGUUGCUUAAUCUACUUUUCAAAAUGCAUUCUUGUUUCCUGUGAGAGCUGUGGAACAAGACUAUGCCAACUGAAAGCAUUUCACUUGCCUGUUCUUGCUUGAAGAUAGAUUUUCACAUCAAGUUUCCAGUGCCAUCAGUGGAUGCUGGCUGUAAUAAGCCAUUUCUCACUGUGUGGAAAUGAAUAACUUAUUUGGAAAUGUUCUGGUUUUUUGCAUGUAUUAAAUACUGUUAAGUUAGGGCCUUAGUAUCAGAUCUUUGUCAAAGAGCAAAAUGAAUUCUGCCUAAGUGACUAACAUGCUUUUCAGAAAUUUAACCUCAUGUUAGAUGUUAUUAUGGGCUUGUUCUUAAUAAACAAAACCCCACUGGUUUCUUCUUGCUUCUCCCCUUUUUGAACAGCAUUUGUACCUUUCUUGCUUUCCUACACCCUUUGUGCUGGACUUCUCCCCCCAGGCAAUGAAUGACUUGUCUCACACAAGCUUGGGCUUCUGCGUACAGCCUAGAUGCAACUAAUGCCACGUGGAGGGGUGCUCCAAGGACUGCUACAUUCUAUUUUGUUAAUGGCAUGUUUUGCACAUUGGAUUUUUAACCCACACUUGCUGCAUGGAUGUAUAAUAAUGACUACUCUUUUGUUUAACAUUAGAUAAGCAUGAGAUCACCGUGGCACAGCUGCAUGUAUAGUCACUCUUGAAGCAAUUACACACCUAAUUGGCUGGCAAUCUUGGCAUUCUCAAAAUAAACACAAGCCUUUUAAAGAAAGGGGACGUAUUUAUGUAUGAAUAGUCAAAUAAACUUGUUGGGUGUCAUCAAUGGAGCCGUCUGGCACUGAACAGUUGUCUGAUGACCCUGAUCCUGGAGGCAAAUCCCAAGAUCAAGAAACCAAAAAACAACAUGAAUCAGAGCAAAAAUUAUCCAAAAUAACGCAUAAUGCUUUGGAGAACAUUAAUGUCAUUGGUCAAGGCUUGAAGCACCUGUUCCAGCAUCAGCGCAGGAGGUCGUCUGUUUCUCCACAUGAUGUCCAGCAAGCUCAGGCUGAGCUGGAGCCUGACCUGGAUUUGGAAAGCCAAAGCGUCUGUGCUGAAAUUGAUGGUGUCUCCACCCACCCCACAGCUCUGAACCGGGUGCUUCAGCAGAUCAGAGUGCCACCCAAAAUGAAGAGAGGGACCAGCCUGCACAGCAGGUGGGGCAAGGGAGAUGCCCCGAAAGGAAGCCCGCAGAUCAACCGAAGGUCUGCUCAGGAUAUUCAGUCGGGUCGGCCCAGAUCAUCAUCCACUACAGAUGCUCCCACAAACUUGUCUGUGAUGGAGAUUGCUUCUUCUAUCUAUGUAGGUGGAGAAGAGGCCACAGCAGCAGCAAUUGAGCGAUUGGAAGUCAGCAGCUUGGCACAGACCUCCAGUGCCGUGGCCUCCAGCACUGAUGGCAGCAUCAAUGCAGACUCCGUUGACGGGACCCCAGAUCCGCAGCGGACAAAAGUGGCCAUCACACACCUGCAGCAGAAGAUACUGAAGCUGACAGAGCAGAUCAAAAUUGAGCAAACAGCCCGUGAUGACAACGUGGCAGAGUACCUGAAAUUGGCCAACAAUGCAGACAAGCAGCAGAGUGCCCGCAUUAAGCAAGUGUUUGAGAAGAAAAAUCAAAAGUCAGCCCAGACCAUCUUGCAGCUGCAGAAGAAAUUGGAACAUUACCAUCGAAAGCUGCGAGAGAUUGAACAGAAUGGGAUCCCUCGGCAGCCAAAGGAUGUCUUCAGGGAUAUGCAUCAAGGUUUGAAAGACGUUGGAGCAAAAGUCACUGGCUUCAGUGAGGGAGUGGUUGACAGUGUAAAAGGCGGACUUUCCAGUUUCUCCCAGGCCACACAUUCAGCAGCAGGUGCUGUGGUUUCCAAACCCCGGGAGAUUGCCUCCCUCAUAAGGAACAAGUUUGGGAGUGCAGACAAUAUUGCUAAUCUGAAGGACUCCUUAGAAGAAGGCCAGGAAGAUGGGACAGGUGGCAAGGCUCUAGGUGUUAUUCAGAACUUUCAGUCAAGCCCAAAAUAUGGCAGUGAAGAGGAUUGUUCCAGUGCCACAUCAGGCUCGGUGGGAGCCAACAGUACAACAGGAGGCCCUGUGGGAGCUUCCAGCUCCAAAACAAACACUCUGGAUAUGCAGAGCUCAGGGUUUGAUGCAAUACUGCAUGAGAUACAAGAAAUUCGAGAGACACAGGCAAGACUGGAAGAAUCAUUUGAGGACCUUAAGGUUCGCUACCAGAGGGAUUACACGUUGAUAAUGCAGACCCUGCAGGAGGAGCGGUACAGAUGUGAAAGACUUGAAGAGCAGUUAAAUGACCUGACUGAGCUCCACCAGAACGAGAUUCUCAAUUUAAAACAGGAGCUGGCCAGCAUGGAGGAAAAGAUUGCCUAUCAGUCUUACGAGCGAGCCCGGGACAUCCAGGAGGCACUGGAAGCGUGCCAGACGCGCAUCUCCAAGAUGGAGCUGCAGCAGCAGCAGCAGCAAGUGGUGCAGUUGGAGGGGCUGGAGAAUGCCACAGCCAGGAACCUGCUGGGGAAGUUCAUUAACAUCUUGCUGGCUGUCAUGGCUGUCCUCCUCGUCUUUGUCUCCACUGUGGCCAACUGCGUUGUGCCCCUGAUGAAGACUCGCAAUAGGACGUUCAGCACUUUAUUUAUAGUGGUUUUCAUUGCCUUUUUGUGGAAGCACUGGGAUGCCAUCACCGGCUACUUGGAACGAUUCUUGUCUCCCCCCAGAUGAUGGUGGCAGGAAUGGGCUGCGCCGCUCGCUCCUGGUGCUCUUGGUGAGCAAGUGUGGCAAAGAUUAGUCAGCGACUACUCUGCUGAAGUUUUAAAGUGUCUGAGUGAAUUUGUUUACAUUUAGAAUAACGUUUUUUCUCUGCAAGAUGCAUUGCAAUAGUAUUUUUUAGAUUUUACUCAAGAACUCUUUUGGCAAGAAUCCUGGAUAAUUUUUAUGUAGCAUGGUUCUCUUUGGAUGCAAAUCUUAAGAUUCUUUAAAGUGUACAAAAGAAAUGAAUAAAAUACAGAAAUUUGGAGCAUACCAAUGGGCAGUUUAAAUUGUGGCUUGAACUACUGUACUAAACCUGUCAGGAAGAAAACGUGGUUAGCUUAAGACGAGCAAAGCUCAAUCUAGUGCACAGCCUUGAAUGAUGGUACCACAGCAAACCUGUAACACUAAACUUUUACUGUGAAGUCUGCUCACAUUCCAUGUCCGAGUGUAUGCAUUGAGUGGUUUCUUUCCUUAACAAGAGAAAAACAACAACGUGUGGAUCCCUCUCCCAGCUCAGCAUCUGGGUUCGCCGUUUGUGUUAACCUGACUUCAGUAACUUUCUGUAAGGCUGGCUAACUUGGCUGAGUAUAUGGAGUGGAAGCCUCAUGCCAUAUACAGUAACUGCACAGUCGUGCUACAGUAUUUUGAAGUAGUCCUUGAAAUACAUAUACUCUUUAAGCAGAAGCCCUUGGUCGCACUUUUAAGGUUUUUUUUUAAUAUAUGUAUAUUCACAGAUUUAAAAAAAAUCCGAACAGCAUACUUGAAGAGUGUAAUACUCAAACUCUCAGUGCUUCCUUAUUGUUUCUAAUAGGAUUUUUUAUUAUAAUAAUUAUUAUUAUUAUUAUUAUUGGGGUUUUUUUUGAAGGGGUUGGGAGGGUCAUUACUUUUUUUCUUUCAAAUAAAGAAGUGAUGUUUUUAAAUGAAGAAAUGCGUGAAUAAUUGUGAGCCGUCUUGUCCUGAAGCAGUUCUGAGAAGGGCAGAGAGUAGUUUCUAGUGUCAGGCUGUCAAAUGCAGCACUGUCCAUAUGCCAUUUGUCUGUCCUCCUGAGCUUAAAGAUGCAGCAUCAUGGAAAACAUCUGUUUUCUCCAUACCUUUUUGUCAUGCAGGGCUUUUUUUCCUUUUUCCACAUGUGAAGGAUGCUUUGUUUCUGUUUUUUGUUUGCAUGUCAUCUCUCAUUCCUGGCCUCAGGAUAAGAGCAAGGAAUUUCUGUUCAUCUCUUCCUAGGAAAAAGACAGGUUCUUUUGAGGAAAGAAGUACUGACUCAACAGUUCACUUAACAGAAUGGUUAUCUCAAAAAUAGUUCUAAUUUAAAAAAAAAAAAAACCUGAAAAGUGAAACCAAAGUUUUUGUCCUGUCAGGCUCUGGUAAGAUUAUUUAUGUGUCUGUAUCUGUAGUGUGCCAUCCUCUUUUUCAGCCACAAGGGACAGCACUUGGUGCAGACACCUGUGUGUGCAAAUCUCAAAAGGAAAUGCCAGCUUCAAAUGCAGCCCCAAGUCUUCACAAUGUGCCAUUACUGGUGACCUGUUGGUACAGGUAGGCAGCCCUCAAGUCCAAGGAAUCUGUGUUCAUUCUGUGCUGAUUUUUAACUGCUGUCCUUUUCACCAUAACAGUGCCAAGAUUCAUCUUUUGUCUUCAUGAAAUCUAAAAGAAAACCCUCCAGGAUUCUGUCAAAACCAUUUAUGGUGUUUAGUUAGGUCUUACUGUUUUCCUUCAUUCCAGGAUCAACUUCCCUCUAGGAAUCAAAUGUUACCCAAGUGACCUAAACCAGUUGAAAUCAUACAUGGGCAUGUAUGAGACAUGUACAACAUACAUAUACACACAUACAUAGGCAUUGUGCUAUGGUACAGAUUCUGGGUUCUGAGAAAUUCCCUCAAACAAGGUUAAUACCUUGAGUGUUUUCUGAUUUCCAGCAAAGGCAAGGCCUCCACUGUCCAUCUUUCUUCCUCCAAGGGUUCUUUUUUUCUGUAGUCACAGGAAACUCAGGUGCCCUUCCCCCAGGGAUCCCAGUACACCUCUCUGUCACCAUGUGCACUAAUCUGCUCCUGUCCUAAUUAAAACAAAGAUUGACAUUUACAGCUGACUCAAGCCAAAACUGCUUGUGCUUUCUGCAGUGCCACAGCCAGAGCAGAGGUGUGUGGCCAUUCCCUCCCUUGCUCCUGGCUCCGGUGAGGCUCUUCUCUAGUGACUCAUAUUUCUAGGCUAACUAUCAUCUUGCCAUUUUCCAGGUUUUUUCAGAAACAAAUGUGUGAAUAACAGUAAGAACUGAUUUGGCACAUAACUGAAAUACUUUGUUGCCUUUUUUUUUCCUGAAAACUGGCCUUUGUACCUCUUUUUCUCAGUCUUGUUCACACUACAAUUGAUUAAGAUAGGUUUUCAUGUGGUCAAAUCAGGAAGGAGUUAAAAACCAGUGGCUCUGGACAUUUAGUGUCUGUAGUAUUUAAGGAAGUGUUGUCCCUCUUCUUUAUAUCCUAAUUUCAUUUCUUUUCUCAACUCUGUCAUAUUCAGUAAGUAUCAUUUGCUAGCUUGCCAGAAAGUGCAGGCUUAAUAGAAACUGACAUCUCAGAACUCUUUGGUGAAGGCCAUAUACAUAUGGGUCUGGACAAAGUGUCUGUCUCUUUCUCUCUCAACAGUUUCUUCCAUUCCAGAAAGUUGUCUGCAGUAACGUCAUGUGUGAUGCUGCAUCCACUUCUCAUAUCCUAACGCAACUGCCAUGUGUUUUGCCUUUUGCACUAGCAGAACAUUUUGGGGUUUUCCUCCCUCUUCAAUUUGAAAGUCUGUGAUGAUUUCUGAUAGCUUAAUGAUGAUGUUGUUGGAAAUGUGAUUCUAGCUUUAAAGCUCCCUUUUCUUGUACACGGUUGUGUUUGCUUUCCUGAUGGAGUGUUUCUGGGUGACGCGUAGAGAACAGUUUCUGCUGUGGGUGUGAGUGCGUGCGUGUGUGAGUACCUUUAAUAGCCUCCUUUGUAGAUAAAAACUUUUUAGUGACCAUCUCUGAGUGGCAGAAUGUUUCCCAAAACAUUUCAUAUUCAGAGUUGAAGUGAUUCAGAAAUUGCUUAGAUGUGUUUAGCACAUACUGCCUUGGCACAUAAAAAGGGAAAAAUAUGAUAGACUGUUUAAGUUCCAGGAGCAGCACCUCCUCAUUAACAUUUGAGAGUUCAAGUGAAGUUCAUCUGUUUCCCCUAUUUCCUUCAAUAUAAAGAAGAAAGAAAAUCUUGAUGCAAAAAAAAUAUUUUUAAAACUUUUAGAAAGUUCUUUUUUCUCUCAGCCUUAUUAAUUUAUUUCAAGGGUAUUCAGCAUGCUCCCAGCAGUUACUCUAUUGGUUUAUUCCAAUCCCAUGUGUGCUUAGGUGAGAUCAGAUGAACUGCUGACUUACGUGCGUGUUGCAGGAAAGCACUGUCUGUCAGCUUUGAAAAUAUGCAUUUUUAAAAUUAAAAAAAGAAAAGGCAUUAUAACAAAAGAAGCCAAGCUACAAAGGGUUCAAGAUUGAGUAGUUUUGCCAGUUUUUAAAUGAAUUCUGGAAGUGGCUAAAGAGUUACCCUGUGUGUCUGUGUUGUGUAUGCCAGGUGGUAUAGUCGUAGGCAAUUGACUUAGCUGUAAGUGUGUUUUAAAAGUGUAAAAAAAAACCAGAAAAACUCACUUGCACGGGUUGAAAAGUACAGAAAUGACACUUGUGAACGUAACACUGUAGUUUAUAGAUCUUAAGCUGCUAAUUGUUGAGAGAGAUUUACAUUUGUCUUGUCUGAUUGUCGCAGAUUUAUCUGUGGCAGUUUUACUGUAUAUAAAAAACUUUAAAUAAAGA